UCACGCAUCGUACAACUUGUUGACUCGUAUAGUGACGUCUUCGAGGCCCCCGCCGGAGUCAUACCGGAUCGGCCCAUUCACCAUGAGAGCAUUCUCGAGGAUGGUGUCGUACCUCCGCGCGAUUGUAUUUACCGCAUGACCGAGGAGGAGGUUGAAGUGCUUUGCACACAACUCGAUGACCUUCUUGACAAAGGAUGGAUUCGCCUUAGCUGCUCGCCCUACGGUUCCCCGGUUCUUUUCGUCCGGAGAAAGAACAAGUACCUUCCUCUAUGUAUAGACUAUCGCGAACUUAAUGCACAAACCGUUAAAGAAUGUCGGCCCUCUCCCGCGAAUCGACGAUCUGCUCGAACGCUUGGGUGUAUCCACAUAUUUCUCGAAGUUGGACCUCAAGUCCGGGUACCACCAAAUGGAGAUCCUCCCGCGAGACCAAUACAAGACCGCGUUUAAAACGCGAUCUGGGCACUUCGAGUGGGCCGGCAUGCCAUUCGGCCUUACGAAAGCCCCGACCACCUUCCAAGCGGCAAUGAUGAUGGAGUUUCGAGACAUGUUGGACCUGUUCGUGCUCAUCUACCUCAGCGACAUCUUGGUGUCUAGCCGGACAUUGGACAAGCACCUCAAUCACCUACGCACUGUGUUGGAGAGGCUUCGUAUGACCAAGUACAAGGCCAACUGCGACAAAUGCGAAUUUGCCCAGCAAGAGCUCGAGUACUUGGGCCAAUUUGUAGCGCUGCAAGGGAUUCAUCCGCUUGGGGAUAAGAUCCAGGCCAUCCAAGAUUGGUCGGAGCCGACCAACACCACGGACGUUCGUUCUUUCCUGGGAUUGGCAGACUACUAUCAGCGCUUCAUCAAGGGCUACGCACGAGUCGCCGCACCUUUGACACGACUUCAAUCCCCAAAGUUGCCCUUCGAGUUCACCGAUGAGGUGCGCGCUGCCUUCCAUACGCUUAAGAUGACAAUGCUCAUGGCUCCCGUUUUGAGGAUCUACGAUCCCACUUUGCCUACGCGAGUGACUACGGAUGCGAGUGGCUACGACAUUGGGGCAGUUUUGGAGCAGCAUGAAGAUACUGAUUGGCACGCAGUUGAGUUCUUUAGCCAAAAGGUGCCACCAAGGAACUCAUUUGAUGACUUGAGGAAGGAGCUGCUGGAUUUCGUCACGAUACACUUGCGGCAUUUCCUCCUCAAGUGUGAGUUACAUCCCCACUUCGUACGCGACUACAAGUCGGAUCCCGAAUAUGCGACCCUCUACGACAACCUUUCUUGGGAUCACCCGCCAGCGAGCCACUACCCUUGCUGCUCCACUCACGCGUCAAAGACUUGUAAUGCGUUCCGAAUGAUUGUCGGUUACGGACUCGCCUCUUCGGUGAGUUUCAUGACGCGCGACUCGCUGGCCACUUUGGAGUCAACCGUACAAUUGCACGACUACGUGAGCAGUUUCGAUGGCCCGACGUCGUUCGCGAUGUCACACGGUAUCGCGAGUCUUGCGAGGUUUGCCGCCGGAACAAGCCCCGCAAUAGCAACCCGUAGGGCGAGCUAUGACCCUUACAGAUCCUACGAGAACUCAGAACGUCAAUUGUCGUGGACGUUACCGACCCUUCUCCUCGUGAUCGAGUCGGCCACGAUCGUAUUCUCACAAUUGUAGAUCGUCUAAGUAAGUACGCGCGGUUUCUUCCUUGCAAGUAUUACGCGAUGGCUCCCGAGCUCGCAAGAAUCUUGCACACUAGCUGGAUUUGCAGCCACGACGUCU